UCCUUCAAGAAAGCGAGCGCAACCGCUACUAAAGAGAUGUGGUUUGGAUGAUGAUCUCACCAGGCAACUUCAUCUCGAAACUCAAAUUCGCCAACUACGAGGGAAAAUCAUAAACUAUCGGCCAGGAGAAUGGACCUUAAGAGGUGUGAGUGAUGAAUUCAAGAGGCCACCUAAGAUCAGACUGGGUGUCUUCGGUGUCACGUGUUCAGGCAAAAGUACAUUGCUCAACUCACUCCACUUCAGCUUAACAGGUACCUGGAAGCAAGUCUAUGCCGAGGGUCAAAACUUCGGGGUAGGAGGGGAGACUGUGUUCAGAGGCUUCAUGAAAUUGACUGAUCACGUGACCACCGUUGACACUCGAGGCAUCUUUGAUUUCAGUGCUCGCAGACUAUCUGACGUCAUGGCCGAGAUUAGUGGCACUAGGGGAAUUGCUCCGAAUAGGCGGCAUAGGACUGAGAAGAUAGACUGUCCCAUCUUUGUCUUCAAGUACAGCGUUGUCACUGGAACAUUGCCUUGCAUGGAAUUCCUAAGCAUCCUCAUAGACGCAACUAAGAAAAGAUUUGGCGCGUAUCCAAUCAUGGUUUUAACCUUCGGAGACAGCGUAGCCGAUAAAGAUAAGAUCCUACAUGAAAUCAUCCUCGCAGGUAUGCCUAGAAGCAGUGUCUUCUUCAUUGAGAACUACACGAAGGAUAACCAUGAGAUGAUCAAAGAGAGACACGUGGCACUGCUGAAGAUACUAGAAGCCUGCAUCUUACGAGCUGAUGACAAUAUCACAUUCCGAUGGAAGAGAAAACAGGAAUUAACUGUGUGCGAAAAAUUGAAGAACGUAUUUAGUUAGAUAUAACAUAUGGCUUAAGGUAGAUUAAUUUCCAAUAAAAUUGUAAUGAUUCGUACUAAUUUUGAAAAAAGUGAAAACACGUAAAGAUAUUGUUAAGCUGCAAAUAAUAGGAAAAAGGGAAGUAAAUUCCCACUUCAUGGUUUAUCUCCAUUAAUCCAUGUAAAAUGUGUAAUUAAAUCUUAUAUCUAAAUAUAUAAAGGAAACAUAUUUUUUAAAGAAGAUGGAGUUUGUAUUUGCCAAUUUUUGCUCCAUUCAUAUUUGUUUGAUUUGUCUCUGUGUUCUGUAAUAAAUGGUAUUUUGAUUGUAGACAAUUAUACUGAUACCAUAAAUUAUAUAAACAAUAUACGGUAUAGAAUGUAAUAAUCAUGAGGAAAAGAAAUAAUGAUGCAUGUUCGGAGGCAGAAAGGCGUUAAUUCAUAUUCUUUAUAACACAGGGUUAUGGUCCCUCUGCCUCUGAACACAGGGUUUAUUCUAAGUUUCCCUUUCUUUUCUCAGCUUCAUAAAAUCAGGAAUAUGCUACUUCGGUAGUCCUACCGCUGUUACAGAAAACUGUGGGUUACAAAAUCUGUUUUAAAAAAAUUAUAUGAAUCAUGUACAUUAUUUAUAAACAACAUAAAUAUUACUUACGUAUUUAACGCUUCAAAAUACCAAGGCAUGUAUUUUUCAUGUUGGUCCCAUUUGGUAUCUGAUCUUGAAUGUGUUACUAAAGUAUGUUACCAAAUGCAUACUGGAGCCGGGUGAUUUUAUCUGCAAUAUCAAGAGAAUUCAGUUGUCAAAGCCCAGUUGCUUUAAGACAAUAUUGGAUUCUGGUCAUGCGAAUGCAAUGUGAAGGAAACAUUUAAGAAGGGUACACAAAAGAAGUUUUGUAUUUUUAGGUUCUGAAAUCAUCAAAAUGAGAAGAAGUUGAUCAAAUAUUUCUGGAAAAAAAAUCACAAACACAGAAUAAAAAAGUACAGUGAAAUGGUUAUAUAUAGAACUACACCCAUGUGUCAUGACAGUUUGGUCUAAAUUUCAAAUAUCUUUCUUGCAAUAUUUCAAUAUAAGAAUGCACAGAGCGGUCUUUUUAAGCGAAAUUGCUUUAUAACAUGCGCGAUACCCAUCCACACUGACAGAAAAUAGAAUUACUUAUCUCGAGAUUAUGCGUCACCUGUACCUGGUCUCAGUUUUCUAUUUGAUUUGAAUAACAUAUAAAAAUGAUAUAUUGCUGUUAUGCAGUAUCUCAUAUAUCAUUUAAAGUAUGAUGGUAGUUGUUUUGUUUUGAAAAAAACAUUUGUGCUUUACUCAAAUAUAUACUUAAUGUGUAACUAGUCAAGUCUAUAUCAAAUAUAUAUUUUUAAGCAACUAACUUUGUUAUAUAUGCUUUAUUUUUUAGUUCAUAUUAUAUCAGUAUUAAUUCUAUACUAUGUAUUACGUAACGUCGUAAUUUGGAUGUUUUUAUCCUUGCUCUCUAUUGGGUAAAAUAAAUAUGAUUUAGCUCAGCAUUGUUCAUCCUUUAAAGAAAUAAAAAGUUUUGCGUCAUCCUAACCCCGAAUUCAGUACUGAAGAUUCAUUUUACAUCAUCUUGGUACUCGUCAAGUAUCAUGUACACUCAUACGGACACACUUGUUUAUGUAUUUUUUUAAUUGAAAAAACGCGGCCGAGCGAGGCGAGCGAGCAUAAAAGAAUGACAUUUGUAGUUUGGUCAACAAUGUUAUUUUACUAGAACAGAGUUUGUUUUGUUAUUAAAAAUAUGUAUGCUUGCACCUCUCUGCCGAAAAUAUUAAUACAAAAAAAAUUAUAUACGAUCACCUCGAUACAUGAAAAUGAGGACAUUCGGGAAUCUUGCUUCCAAGAAUCAUUCUGAUCUAAGUCGUCCCAGCGACUGAAGCAAACGAGCAUCAUACACAAUGUUAUUUUUAUAUAAAAAAGUAUAAAAAGAUAUAUUUGGGCAUCUUGCUGCUAGAAAAGUGAAAAUAUUCGGGCAUCUCGCUGUCAAAUAGAUAUUCUAGCACCUUAAUGCCUAAAUAUGGAGGUAGUCAUGCACUUCACUGCCUGUAAUCAUCUUUUUUUGAAUUUCUACAUGUGAACGCAGCGAACGAGGACAAUACAUUUAGUGUCUUAACAAUGUUAUAUCCUCAUUAAAUAAAUAGCGGUUUCUAGUAUUUUUUUUUACACGAAAUUGAAGUUUAUUUCAACAUUCUCUCGCGCCAUUCCUAGUUUUCAAGUGUCGAGUAGGUUGAACAACGCUGAUUUACCUAUUGACUGCUAGGGCGAUACCAUGGCACCCAGAAACACACCAUCAGGCGUGUUAAAAGAGUUUAAAUUAUAUAAUUUUCAAUCUGACCUUAUUUUCAUGUAACUUUAUUAGUAUCAUAUAUACAUAAUCAUAUGAGGGAGGAUUCUAUGCUUUCAGAUGUGAUGGAACAUAAAUAACAACUUUUUAUUCAUAUUCUCUCAAUUGUUAUUUCUGCUCAUCUAUUUGUCGUUUAUGUCUACUGUUAAAGUUGUGCUCUAGAAUUACUGUGCACAUUUGUUCUCA